AACACUAAACAAAACGCAAUUGAAAACGCAAACGAAUUAUUUACAUGUUAAUAGGUAAUGAUUAAUAGAAAACUAAACACAAAUGUCAUUAUCUUUUCUAUCGAUUUUUUCUCGAUUUCCAAUCGAAAACUACUUAAAUGCGAGUGCAUUGACAUUUUAUUUAAAAUAUCGGUAUGCACAUACUGAUUUACCAAAACCAGACUUUCAAGAAUAUCGUCGAAAAUCUCUUCUUAAUUCAAAUAUAUCGGCUAAACGAAGUACUGAUGAACGAAGAACAGCAAAUUAUGCUGCAUCUUUCGUGGCAGGUGUCGCAGCACUUUAUGGGUUAAAAUCUCACAUAUUACAUUACAUAUUUUUUCUUGCUCCAUCACGAGGUAUUUUGGCGGAAGCACAAAUUGAAAUUAGUUUACGAGAUAUACCGGUAGGAAAAGUAUCAAUAUUUAAAUGGCAAGGAAAGCCGAUUUUCGUUUAUCAUCGCUCUCAAUCCAUUAUAGACCAAGAAAGAUUAGUAAACAUUGCAGAAUUAAGAGAUCCUGAAAGCGAUAACGAAAGAGCUAAGCGACCUGAAUGGUUAAUUGUCAUUGGUAUUUGCACACAUCUUGGUUGUGUGCCAAUUCCUAAUGCCGGUAUAAUACGUGGUGGAUUUUAUUGUCCAUGUCAUGCAUCUCACUUUGAUGCAGCUGGACGUAUACGUAGAGGACCAGCACCUACCAACUUAGAAAUACCUGAAUAUAAAUUUCUCACCGAUGAUACUAUUCUUAUUGGCUAACUACCGUACUUGAUAUUUAUCAUUGUUCUAUUAAUUUAAUACUUUUUUUUUAUUCUAUUUAAUAUAAUAUUAAUCUUUAUUAUUUAUUUCUAUAAAAAUGAAACUAUUUCUUUUUUUUUCUUAUUAUUUCUAUAAUUUUUUACAUAUUAUUAUUAUUAUUAAUUAUUAAUAUCAUCGCAAUAUUUGUUAAUUAUUAUCUUCGUUGUCUUAAAAAAAUAUAUAAAUAAAUAAAAAUAUAUAGAUGGCGCUAAAGCCACA